GACUGAACUACGCGGCGGACGAAACUUCAUCUAUGUCGACGUCGAUUUCCCACCUCACAGACCCCCUGUUUUUCGUCCUAGCACCUUUAGCUUCUCAAUCCGGAAGCGCGAGUGUUGUUGCACACACCUCCAAUGUUGAGGUCGAACAGUCUCUUCAAUCACUUUUACUCUCUUUGAAGCCACCAUUAACUCAUGCGCGCAUCAACGAAGCUAUCCAGGCGCUUCAGGAGUAUGAGUCUUUUCGGACAGCGUCAGAAACUGCAGGAAUUUCAAGUGCUCCAACUUAUGAAGAAGAGAACCUGAAGACUGCGAUCGUCCAUAGACUCGUGGUCGGGACUUAUGCUGUGGUUUUGGACACUUUCUUGAACGAGGCUAUCAAUGCAGAGACCGAGGCCGAGUGGUGGGCUGACAUCGAACGAUCUACCUGGGGUGUUUGGGAUUAUCUUUUGCAGACUCUUCCGUCCCGGGUCAUCAAUCUUCUUCAGAAGGCAAUUGUUGUCUUGCAUUCCCAGAAUCGAUCGUUCACUACGUCUCUCCUGAGUAUAUCCUCUCUACGCAGUCUUCUCUCCGAGAAGGAGCCAGGUCAUCCGAACAUCUUGGCCGCCUCGCUGUUUCCACACCUACACCUACACUCUCGCAUUCUCCCCGUCUUUCUUCCUACCUUGAAUGCGUCCAAACUUUUCCUUAGACAUCCAUCUCGGGCGCCAUCUACAAAAGACGUCACAUUGGCUUUCCGAACAAUCCAGAACACACUUUCCGCAUUGAUCAACUCAAUCUCUGUAUUUUUUGCACUCCCAUUCGAGCUCACGCGUCAAGAAUGCAUGUCACGACGAAAAGAGCUGCAAAGAAUUCGGGAUGAGCGCGCAAAGGUUCUUGGUGACAUGACGAACAGACGUAGCCAACUAAUCUGUGCUCUAGUCAGCACGUCUGAGCGCGAAUCCGAACAAAUUGGGUUUCUGGAAGAACUCAGUUCAAUAGCCUUUGGCAUUCCAUAUGCCGAAGCCCCUCCAUCUGUCUUAUAUGCGCUUUCAAAAGUAUCAACUCGCUCCAUCCUCCAGCACACUACUCAACAUCGCGAAUACCUCACGAGCCAGUUUCUCAUGCGGCCAUCGAGGUUGACAAGACUUUGGCCAAGGCUCGUGUUCUUGCCUCCGCUCGCCCUUCUUUUGCUCAGGGAGGUGUAUGCGUCGAAGGUAUCGUUAGCAAGCAUGGCUGAAGAAGUCUGGGAGACCAUGAAAGGUUUCUGGAGAGGAUGGCUUGUCGAACCGUCUAGAGAUAUAUUCAAGACUGUGCGGGCUGGUGGAGAAGAGGGAAUGAUCGUUCGCAAAGAAAGCGUAGAUGCGGAUUUGCAGUCACUAGAGCGGAUGGCGCUGGACCUUGCCAGGGAAAAACUGCGGUACGGACCCGCGCAGCUUGACGAACUAUCCGCGAAAAUCCGUGUGGGGGAUCUGACGCCUAUUCUGCAAAUCUAUGAAGAGGAUAUCAAGAGUCCCGUGAAGUCCGCAAUUAGUGGAACUCUACUCAGGUCUGUCUUCGUGCAAGUUCAAAAGGCCAAGGUCGACAUUGACCAAACUCUCGCAGGCAUCGACAAGUUGCUGAAGUCGCAGGAGUUGACCUUUGCAUUUGUGGGUGUAGCGCCAGCUUUUGCGAUCGUUUACAUCGCAAGCGGCUAUCUGCGCAAUCUUUGGUUCGAUGGACGCGGGCAAGGGCGGUACGGUGGCAAGAAACAGCGGGCCGCAGCCUGGCUCGCGAUGCGGCGCAUUGAACGCCUCCUCAUCUCACAGCCGCGUACGCCAGGACAGAACUCUCUCACUGACGCUCCACGGUUGUCUGCUUACGCAGAUCACACGACUCAUAUUCCCCCACUUACCUCUGGCCUGAUGUUGAUCUCGCUGUCGGCUCUGAGAACCUACGCAGAGACGUAUCUCCCAAUGCGGUCAAGGCUGCGAGAGGGCUUUUUAGAAGAUGUCGGGGACCUUGAGGAUCCGGUUUUGAAUAGGGAGGAAAAGGUUAGGGUUAUUCAGAGGAUGUGGAGGUCGUGGGGACGCAUCCUAGACUGGGACAGAAUGGGUGGGAAGAGCGAGAGGUGAGGCCCUUCACAUGCGGGGGAGCUUGUAGCGCCAGUCUCAGGACAUAAUGGUUCAUACGAAAAUUACCAGCCUUUCCUUCAUAUGACUCUACUGGUGCUUUCCAAAAGCCUGCAACAAUGAAUGGAUAAACCUAUGGGCACGUUCUCAGAA